CCGUGGGCUUCUUGCUUCCUCAUCGUCGGAGGCUCGGAGUGACGAGGCCCGGGGUCGGGUUGUGGAAAGGCGGGUUUUUUGUAGGGAAAGGCUAAGAUCAGCAACGUUUUUUUGUUGUUUUAACGUGCUGUUUGAACUGAAAGAUGGAAUAUUCGAAAGAAAAAGUCUUGUCGCUUAUUAAGGAGAAGGAUAACGUCGAGCAAAAUAUCAAGGAGUAUUGGGAUAUUUUGAAGACGAAUAAUGUGGGAAUGAAUGAACCAUUGAUUGAUCAUGAAGGCUACCCAAGAUCUGAUAUUGAUGUCUAUCAAGUACGUCAUGCGAGACACCAAAUCAAAUGUCUUCAAAAUGACCACACCGCUCUCCUGAAACAGAUUGAGGAAGGGCUUGUUGCAGUCCACAGUCAGGCACGCACUGCAGAGGCUGACCCCAAUGGUGUGAAUGUCCCGCCUCCACAGCCCACCUUUGAGCCGUUUGCUAAAGUUGACCAUGUGACCCUAGGAUCUCCAGCACAUAUAGCAGGCCUACAAGAAGGUGACCAGAUCGGAAAGUUUGGAUCGGUUGUUAGCAGCAACUUCCGCAAUAUGACCAACAUUGCAGAAAUUGUGAACCACUCAGUGAACUCCACAAUUCAGGUCAUUGUCCAGAGAGAAGAGCAGAGUGUGACAUUGUCCCUUACUCCACGCCCAUGGUCUGGUAGAGGACUGCUAGGCUGCAACAUCGUCCCUAUUGAAAGAUUGGAUCGAUAAGUUUUUUAAAAAUGCAAAAUAUGGAAUAUAUAUAUAUAUAUUUGUUUUGUAUUUCUGGAUCAUUUUGAAUUACUGGAUGUACCUUAGUUUUUUCUUUCUUUUUGUAUAUAUAGUUUUUUUUUCUAAUUUAUGGUUGAUCAUUGGUGUUAAUGGUUACAUUCAGUGACUUGUUUACAAAAAGGAAAAAAGAUAUGUGGAUUUUUGCAUUCACAACUUAUGACUUUUUAUCAUCAUUAUCAUUAUUAGAUUCUCCUGAAAGGACAGGUUAUCUUAAAGAUUUUGAUUACUUACAUUUUAUAGAGUUUCUUUGUUUUAAAAGUGACAAAAGAUGAUGAUUUGAACAUUAUGGUAUUCAUUGCUUUGAUUUUGUUGUUUUUGUGUCAUGUUCUUGCACAAGAAAUCUUGCUUCUUUGGAAAAUUAGGAAAUAUUUUUUUACUUGAGGAGAAUCACAGGGUGCUAGAUCAUUUAUAGAUUAGCGAGUUUUGUUUUAUGAAAUGGAUAAAAAAUUAUUGAGGACAUAAACUAGUUUUUGAAAUACCAUUAUAUGUGGACCUCAUUACUGUUAUUCUUUUUAAAAACUCACAGAAAUACUCUCAAGAAGACAUAGGGGCUUUUGUAUUUUACAAAAUCUUGAUGUAAAACAAGAUCAUAAAAGUUACUGUGUAAUCACUACAAUUAUGGCAUCAGAUUAACUAUGUCUAAUUAUAUUGAUCUAAAAUUAUGUAAUAGGAGAUACUGUCAUGGAGAUACUGUUACGUUAUUAUACUUAACUUACAGAUGUUGUAAGUUCAGUUGUUGAAUACAUGUGAUCAAGUGUUC